AUAAGAGAGCGCCCAUGUGUGUGCUCAUCAGAAAUCUAGCGUCUGACGACUGAACAGAUGGAUGGAGGUGCUGCUGUUUCUAAACCUUAUUUGACAUCCAUUUUUUUGUGCCGACCACGUUGCUGAGAACUUCUGGUGGAUUUCUUGAGAACAGAAACCGCAUAGAUGGCAAACAUGGCCUCAGCCUCAUCCAGCAGCGAAAGUGAGUCGCAAAGUGUGCUUUCCUGGGAGCAAGUGAGCCGCUUGAACGAUGUGCUGACAGAGGUUGUGCCCGUCCACGGACGUGGCAACUUUCCCACCCUGGAGGUCCGGCUAAAGGAUAUCAUACAGAUGGUGAGAAGCCGUCUGGAGCUGAGUGGUAUUACAGUCAAAGAUGUGCGUCUGAACGAUCCACUGCUAGCCAUGUACUGGUAAGACAUAGGCUGGAGCUACAAAGACCUGGACAUCAUCUUCAGGGUAGACCUUCCUCGGGAAGAGGAGUUCCAGCUCAUCAAAGAUGUGGUUCUAAGCACUUUGUUAGACUUUCUGCCUGAGGGGGUGAACAAAGAGAAGAUCACUCCUAUGACUCUGAAAGAGGCCUACGUCCAGAAGCUGGUCAAAGUCUACACUGAGCAGGACCGCUGGUCCCUCAUCUCUCUGUCCAAUAACAAUGGCCGCAAUGUGGAACUUAAGUUUGUGGAUUCAAUCCGGAGACAGUUCGAGUUCAGCGUGGACUCCUUCCAGAUCAUUUUGGACUCUGUGCUGUCGUACUAUGACUUUUCAGAAAACGCCAUGUCUCGGCACUUCCAUCCUACCGUGGUCGGGGAGAGCGUGUACGGUGACUUCGCCAUGGCUCUGGACCACCUCAGGAACAAAAAGAUUGCCACCAAACGGCCAGAGGAGAUCCGUGGAGGUGGUUUGCUCAAAUACUGCAACCUCCUGGUGAGGGAUUUUAGGCCCACGGACGAAGACGAGUUUAAGGCCCUGGAGCGCUAUAUGUGCUCCCGUUUCUUCAUUGACUUUCCUGACAUUGGUGAGCAACAGCGCAAACUGGAGGCUUAUUUGCAAAGCCACUUUGUCGGUGAGGAGAAGAACAAGUACAACUACCUCAUGAUCCUGCGGCGGGUUGUGAACGAGAGCACAGUGUGUCUCAUGGGACACGAGAGGCGCCAGACGCUCAACCUCAUCUCACUGACGGCGUUUCGGGUGCUCGCCGAGCAGAAUGCUAUACCUGAUGCGUCCAACGUCACCUGUUACUACCAGCCGGCUCCGUACGUCAGAGACCUGAACUUCAACGACUACUAUGUGGCCUCUUGUAACCAGUCCAUUCCAACUUGGUUGCCUUGUAACUAAGACAAAUGAUUCUUGUUCAACAACAAAAUCCAUGAGUUGGCUAGAAAAGCUGGAUUUUUGGCCAUAAGGGAUGUUUCCCUCUGUAGGCAUAAAGGACUUUAAAAUGACAAGUGUUUCCUUUCCUUUUCUUUUUUUUUUCCUUUCUUUUAAUUCCUUCUCCGCAGAGGUGCCAAGAUGUUUUUGAUUCAAAGUGAUAUAUUUUAGCGAAUGAAUUAAACUUUUUUUUUUUUUCUUCCCCCUUAAUAUUCUAAAGUUUCAGAUUUGUUUGCUCUCAUCGCUGUCCUUGCUCUGAGAGAUUUUUUUUUUUCCAUGUUGAAAAGAAACAAUUCCCACAGUGCCUUAAUAUAUUGUUACCUCUAAAAAUGAAGGAAAUGCACAUUGGGACACAAUUAUAUUUUUCCUGUGAUACAAAAUAAAGGCCAAAAAAAUUAAAAAUGUUCUUAGAAAUUGAGAGAGAAAAAAAAAUAAAAAAAUUGAGAGAAAAAAAAAUAUAUGAAAAAUGUGAGCACAGGUGAAAUAGGUAUUUUAGGUCUCAAGUUAU